GUUCUGUUAGAGAGUUUAGUUGGUAAUGUGGCACAGCCGAGCCAGGGAGGCGCGAGCCGGUGUUUGUUUUUAUUAUAAUAGCUAUUAUUACAUUUUGCGGGGGCUCGCGUAGGAAACUGGAGGACGAGCGAGACUGUGCGCGAGUAUUUGGAAUCGCGCAGGCCUUUGUUUGGGAGGACGCGCGAGUAUGGGGCGAUGAAGACGCUGGAAUGAUUGUCCCUGAAAGGAUUCCUUAAAUAUUUAUUUAUUUAUUUCCCCCCUCACUGUUUUGGAGUUUGGAUUUCACUACAUUUCCUUUGGAGCGCAUCAGCUCGGGGCGCGAGGAUGGACCAGGCCAGUAUCCUGAGGAAGUUCAUCCGGGGGGUCGAGGCCAUGCGAACCGGGGAGCAGCAGGGAGAGGACAACUUCGGAACCGACUUCAUGAGGUUACGGAGACUAUCGACCAAAUACAGAACAGAGAAGAUCUAUCCAACCAACGUGGGAGAACGAGAGGAGAACGUCAAGAAGAACAGAUACAAAGACAUACUGCCCUUUGACCACAGUCGAGUACGAGUGACGUUAAAAACAUCCAACCAGGAUUCAGAUUACAUCAAUGCAAACUUCAUCAAGGGUAUGGAGGGUCCAGAGACGUACAUCGCCACCCAGGGUCCACUGCCCAACACAAUCAUCGACUUCUGGAGGAUGAACUGGGAGAACAACGUCACUGUGAGUACCGUGUGUGUGUGUGUGUGUGUCCUUGUGUCUUUGAAUCAGUGGUUGUGUAAAAAGUGUGAGCGCUAUUUUCCGAUGUUUGGUGACGAGCCAAUGACCUUCGGCCCAUUUAAGAUCUCCUGUGAAUCUGAACAACCCAGAACAGACUACUUUAUCCGCUCACUCACAGUGGAGUUUGAGAACGAGAGCCGUAAACUGACCCAGUUCCACUACAUCAACUGGCCGGACCACGACGUGCCGUCGUCCUUCGACUCCAUUCUGGACAUGAUCGGACGCAUGCGCGAGCACCAGCAGCACGACCCCACGCCCAUUUGCGUCCACUGCAGUGCGGGUUGUGGUAGGACUGGAGCCAUAUGUGCUAUUGACUACACCUGGAACCUACUGAAAGCUGGAAAGAUUCCAGAAGACUUCAACGUGUUCCGGCUCAUUCAGGAGAUGCGGAACCAGGCCGCGUCCGCGCUGGCGCAACCGCUGCGCGUACAUUACACACACACACACACACACACACCGCCCCCUAAACCACCCCGCAUACGCAGUGGCCAGACAGAGGGGGACGUGCGCGAGGAGAUCCUGCAGCCGCCCGAGCCACGUCCAGUCCCGCCGAUCCUGACGCCAUCGCCUCCCGGCCCCAUCCCCACCGCCACCAACGCCUCUCCGCCAACGCAUCAACUCGCCAAUCGCCAAUCACAGAGCCCCGAGGAGGAGAGGAGGGCGGAGCCGGACCAGGCAGAGCCCACUAGCCCCUCCCCCGAGUGCGGCUGCGGAGCUAAGCUGAGCAUCGUGAUCAAGAAGGUUCCGCUGCAGGAGGGCCCGGUCAGCUUUGCACCGGCCGCCUCGGGGUCAGGGGUCAGCGCUGGGGGCGUGCUGCAGAGAAGCCACGCCUUCAAGGCACGGGGCUCCUCCCCUGGCAACAGCAGCCCUGCCCCUAGCAACAACACCUCCAGCUCCACCCUGUCGGAGGACGAUGGUCCCGCCCCUCCGCGCCCAAACCACCUCCCAUUGGUGGAGAGGGAGAAGGGGGGACAUGCCCCCUGGGCACAGUCUAGCCCCACCCCUGAGCAAACACACACACUCUCCAACACACACACACACACACACACACACCCCGUGGCCUUGAGCUUCACCAACCCCCUGCACUCCGCCCACUCAGACACUGAGGCCGACGCCUCCUCCCCGCCCCACUCCGCUGUCUCCACGGCAACCGGCUCUGUGUCGCCCGCCCCGCCAGGUGAUGCACGCCGGGUCAACUCCCUCUCUAUCGCCGGCCAAUCAGCAACCACGCAAUCAAACAGUGACCCGAGCGAGGAGUCGCCCCCUCCUCUCCCAGAGCGGACCCCCGCAUCCUUCCUCUUGCCCUCAGACCCCACAGAGCCGUUGGGAUCCGCUGGUUUGGCUCUAUGGAGAAGCAGCCCAACUGACCAACACACACGCCACAGUCCUGAGGGGGCGACCAGUAAACAGUCUAAAGCAGUCACUGAUGCGGGUGCUAAGAAAGCUUUGUCGGCAGAGGCAUCAUCAAGCCCCUGCGAAUCAGCAGAAGGGCCAGAGCCUAGCCCAGUGAUUGGUCAGUGAGGAUGAAGGAUGAAGGCUCUCUUAGCCAGUCACAGUCCAGCACCAGUACACUGCUAGCCAGUCACACUCCAGCAUCAACACUCUAAGCCAAAUAACUGCAUCUCAUUAGUCGUCUCUAGCCAAUCAUGGCUCUGCAACAGCACUCUCUUAGCCAAUCACAGCUUAGCUCCUUAUAAGGCACGUUCCAUUUCAAACUUACAACACACACACACACACACACAUUCUCACUUACUCUUACUCACACACACACACACACACACACUCCUCUUUAAAACGUUAGAAUGCUGUAGUGGUCCAGACGAGUGUAACGCUGCGUGGUGAUUGGCUAUAUGGUGCGUAUAGGCAACGCUGCGUUGUGAUUGGCUAUAUGGUGCGUAUAGGCAACGCUGCGUUGUGAUUGGCUAUAUGGUGCGUAUAGGACCAGCUCCCUCACAGACGCUCCACCUAACUG